AUGACUGUGCCAAAGGACUUGGCUCUGCCAAACUUCGAUGCUGUGUUUAUGCAGAAUAAUCUAGAGAGCGAUUCUCAAGACCCAAUUCAAGCCCUGCAAGGCGUUCCAUAUGCCAUCCGCAAAGUCAUCAGCAUAGCCAAGAUCAAAAUUCACAUCAUCGUGGAACCCGUUGAUCCAAGCGAUGCAGCCUCACACUACCACUUCAAGCUUACAUCCUCCGUAAUGGGUCUCGGCAUCAUUGGAGCAGCACCUCUACGAGCCGUUGGCUUUCAAACCGACAACACUGACGUGCGCGUGAUGGAUGGCAUUGAGCAGGAGAAAGACGAGCCCAUGAUUGGCAAGACGAAGAGUCGCAUUUGGAUGUGCACGAUUGAAGAAUUGAUCAAGGAACCUCAUACUAUCGGAGACGUUGUUGAGUUUCUCAAGCAAGGCUGGGAGGGCUAUGAUGAGAAGACGACGAGGGUCGUUCGGAUUAGCAUCAAGAGUGCGGGGGCUGGUAGUGCUGAACCGUGGCAGAAUGAGCAGGUUUGGGGGGUUCAGAAGGGAAGAUGGACGGCGCGUGUUGCGUUCAAGAAGGGGAGUGUUAGUGAGACUGCGCGCAUUCUGUACGAUUAUGUCGCUUGA